AUGGAUCGGAGGAAAAAUGGGAUCCUUGCCCGCUGGGCGGGGUUACGUAUCAGCUGCCUGCUGUUCCUCCUGUUUAACAUCCUGUUCCCCUGUGAGGAGGGACGCGUCCGAGGAAGGGGUCUCGAAGAGCAAAGCGGCAUUGGGACAAACGUAUGUAGCAACAUCAUCCCGUUUUACCUCAAUAGCCAUAAUUUUUUUAACCCCCUGCGGGAAAUCAACGUGUCAAAUAAUUUCUCCCUAAGGUGGAACAUCAACUACGUCUAUUUCGAAUACUUCAACGAGGACUUUUUUGUAAAUUUUAACCUACACAGUUUGUUGGUAAAAAAUGUGCGAUUCUACGAAUACAGAGACAGGAGCGUUUUGCUUCUGGCGAAGGAUGCUUCCCACAAUGAAGUGAAGUUUCUUAUUCGUGUUGAACAGGACAGGAGUAUACAUCCGGGGGAAAUGAGAACCUUUUAUUUUGUCAUUCACCCGGGGACUGCCCCCAAUUUUAGCGGGUGUAUUAAUGUAAUGCUGGAAUUGAAUAUCGGCCUGGUGAGGAAGUACGAAGGGGGUCUGCCGAGUUAUGGAGCUGCGGUUAAUCAUCUGAAUGGUGGUGGAAGCAGGAGUGAGAUGAGACGGACUGAUGAGGUGGGAAGCCUCCACGCUGAUAGAACCAUGGUGGAAGAGAAAAAGAGCAAACUCCCGGCACAUCACAAAAAUUACAUAAUCGUGAAGGACAACUACUACUACGCUUCGAGUGAAGACUACUACGUUCGAUUCAAACGAGAUAAGGAGGGGGAGCGGCAGGAGGAGCCCUUUGCCGAUCUGCUGUCGAAGCGACAAAUGAUCGUUUACACGGUCCUUUUAUUUACUCAAUUCAGCGAACACGGCAGUAUAAGCUUCUACUCCCAGUUAACGGAAGAUAUAACGAAAGAGAAAAAUUUCCACAUGAAUGUGAAGAAGUUACCUUUCGGUAAAAGCUACCUUUACAACAUGACAGUCGAUAACAUUUUGAGGUUGGCUCACCUGGACAAGGAAUUCACCAAGGGGUGUGUCAAAAGUGUGCGGACAAAAAACGGAUUGUUACUGCACGCCCUGCUGGAGAAUAACUCUGUCUACAAAUUUGAGGUUAAGUACAUUUGGGGAACGGAUUCCGCAAGUGGGCUAGGCAUGAACCCUCACGGUGCCCAUUUCAGCUUAGAAUUUUCCAUCGUGAGGAAUGCAGCGGAGUAUACCAUGGUGGACUUCAUCCGCGAACAUUUCACCAGGGAGUGCAUGCACAACACCUUCUUCCCGAGCGCAAUCAUCCAGACGGGGAAAACACACGGGGAGGAAACUCCUUUCCAGGAAUAUUCCCUUAAACGGUGCAAAAGGGAGCAGCAGCAGGAGCAGAAAAAGGAUACGGAGCAUACCGAGCAGGAUUGUACUUCUGUCGACCCAAGUGAUGAGUUCAUCAUAUACGGAAGGAUGAUCGAACUGAAUGAUAAUUUCAUUUUCAAUUUUGACCCAAUGAAACUGUUUCAGAAACAUAAAAAAGUAAGCCUCACCAUUAGUGAGGAGAGUCUCUUCAAUUUGAUUGUUACGUCAAAGGCAGACAACAUAAACAUUAGUUUGGUCAGAAAUGACUCCUCUCAUGCGGAGAAGAUAUGCAAUACGUACUAUUUGGAUAAUCUAAACCACUACACGAUUUUUAACUACAUGUCGAAACAGAUGGAUCAUUUUCCGCAUGCGCAUGUCAAUAGAGCGUUUGAUGGGGAGUAUAAGGAUGAUGAAGAGGUGAGGAGGAAGAAGUUCUCCCUGCACAAUGUGACCUACAUAAACUGCACCCUACCCAAGGGGGAAUAUUACUUACGGAUAAGCGUCGAUGGGUACAAUAUGAUCUGCGAUUCGAAUGAAGUAAAUCUGAUUGUUCACCCAUUGAGCAUGUACGAGGAAAGACACAAAUGUGAUAGCAGCAUGAAUGCUGUGACGGAUCUGUUUUACUACCAUUUGAGGUCCGGGAGUAAGAAGCACCAGGAGGAGUUUUCCAACCUGAUUAGCGCACCUCAGGGGGAGAGUCUCACCCCUGCGGAGAGGCCUAACUCGGCAGCAGGUCAGGUAAAAUGGCCAAACAGCAUCGAAGGAGACGCGAAAACAUACCAGAACAUUUACGAAAACAGGUGGAUUUUAAACAACCCCAUAUUUCAAGACUUCGACUUUGUAAUUCUGUACGAGAAGCAUAUCACAGAGAGGGUGGACGAAUUCCUCGUGACGAUAAAUAACUCCGUAUUUGUUGACCUGUUCUUUGUAAUUGUAGAGCUAGCGAAGGAGCAGAACUCUUAUUAUUACCUCUAUAGAAAUUCGAGGAACGUUUCCAAGUAUAAGAUAAAACAUGGGGAUCGCCCCUUUACUAUUUAUCUAAUUGCCUCCACCAUGCACUACCCAGGAAAGCAGCUGUGCGGUUUUUUUUUCGUCGACAUUGACUUGGUGACCAAGGCGAAGUUAACCAUCGAACGGAAAGAAUCAGAUCAUGUAGAACCGACAAGCAGUGCACACAACAUGAUCAGCAGGAUUAACUAUAUCCCUGAGUUGAUCAUCGGUUACGAUUCCUACUCCUUUAGCAACUUCUGCUUCAUCCCAAAGUAUAAAAAACAUAGCCUCAUCAUCUACGUAAAGGAAGAUUCUAUUAUCAAAAUAAAUUGCUUUAGCGCUAAUUAUGUCUAUAUUUACCUGUACAAUCAGAAUAGGGAGAAACUUUACGAUGGGUACAACCAGCUCUACAUCGAGUCCUUCACAAAGGGGGAGUACGAAAUAGUGCUGCAGUUUAACGCGCGGAACGAUCAGAAGGAGAACGCAUUUUUCUACCUCCAGAUUUAUGUGUUCCACUUGAGUUUGCUGGAGAGGUGCGCUGGGGGGGGAGCGGCGGGAGGAGCCUUAAGGGUAGGCUCCCUCAAAGGUACGAGUACCGGCAUAGACACAGGUACAAGUGCAUCCAUCCGCACUGGCACAGCGAUAGCCACAGAAAUGGAAGGAGCAGCCACUCCCAGUGUAUCGCAAAGUACAGAAGCAUCCCCCGUAAAGGGCACACAGAAUGUACAAGGCGUGUACGAUCUGAGCGCCUAUGUGGAUGCCAGCCGUCCCGAUCUCACCACGGAUGCUAAUCAAACUCAAGUGAAGGAAAAGAACACUUUCUGGUUUCAGGCCCCAAACGCGUAUUACUUAUUCAGGAGUGACUUCCUGCUUCUUCAUCCGAACAAAAGGAUUGUAAAAGAGCUAAGCCUCCCCCACGUGGCGAGCAUGGACCCCUCAGUUACGUUCCUCCUGAAGGUAGAACUCAUUUUUGCAAAGAAUUAUUUGCCCUAUAAGCUGUCCAUCCAGGAUACUUCAAGCAGCAAACAACAGUACCAUGAUAGUUACACAUACAAGAAUAAAAUCCUGAUGACUCUUCCCGUGGUGAAUACUCCGCCCCCAGUGGGGAACAACCCCGCGAGUGACACCCCACAGCGGGGGAAGCUCUUCAAGCUGUACGUGGACCUGUACGAAGAAGUGAACGAAAAUUUAAGGGACAACUUUUGCACCUACGCCUAUCUACACAUUAUUUACACCAGCGAGAUGGAGGCUUUUCGGCAAUCGGGCGAGCAGGGCCUUUCCUACGCCACGGUGAACCUGCCGCUGUUACUGAAUAAUCUACUCUUCAAGGGUUCUCCCGGUGCAGCACGGGGAGCAGUUGCUGUCAGCGAAGCUGAUGAAGCGACUAGCCAUACCAGGCAUCGCUCCGCGGUGAUCUCGCUUCGCAACUCGGACCUUCCCAUCGCGAACCAGAGCGUGCAAUACACUUUCGAACUGCUGAACAACAAUGUGCUGCUGUUCUUAGCAAGGGAUAACGUCUUUUUUGAUAUGUACAUGUACAGGGAAAACAGAGACAUAAAGCUUAAUGUGUACAAAUUUUCCAACACGGAGAAGUUACUCUCUGGGGAAGGAAUCACAUACGAUGAGGUCAUGAAGAAAGGGUCCCCCCUAGGAGAAGAAAUUUUUUCCUUCAAGAAGAGGCAGAUAUACCUAUCGAUGUAUCUGACGAGGGGGCUGUACAUUUUUGAGUAUGAACAUGGGUCAGGCCCCUUUUUCGCCAAUCUGUCUGUGGUGUGGCAAUACAGGGAACACAUGCCAAGUGGGAGUUCCCUUCCCGGGGAAGGAGUCAGUGUGCCGAAGCAAGAAGUUAGAGUGCCGAAGAAGGAGGUUGGAGUAGCGAAGCAAGAAGUUGGACUGAUCCUUCCCACGGGCAUAACACCAAUCGGCAGGGACGAUUCCCUGUUGAGGGACGAAAUAAGUUUCCUCUUUGGGAAGGAGCUCAAGUGUAACGAGGAAACAAAAGUCUACCAUGCAGGUAACAGGCUCCACAAUUUGACCUACUUCUGGCGAGAAAUUGUAAAAAAUGAAAAUUUUCAAAUUAUCUACGAUACUGCCACCAGCGUGGAAGUAAAAAAAGGCGAACAUAGGAAUUUCCUCAUUUACAAGCGUUUUUACAUAUGCUUAUCCGAGGAAGUGGGAAAAGUCCCUCCACAAGAGGGGAGAAACUCGAAUGAUACGCAGAAGAGUAGAGAAACGAUUGACAAAAAUUACACACUUUUUAAUCUAAGCAUAGAAGAGAGUGUCCAAGUGUAUGUUGAGAUAAAACCCCACUAUCACUUCUUUGCUUACCCAUUUAACCUGAACAUCGUUUCGAAACGAUCCUUUUUUGACAUUUCAAGUGGGCAUAAAACCUUCAUUACGAUUGACCUAUACAAAGGAGAGUACGAAAUACAUUUGGCGUUUCCCGACCUGGCGAGGGAACAAGUAAAAGACAUCAUAUUCGACUUGGUGAUACUUAUUGUUUCGUCUCGAAGUGGGGAAAGCACAAUCGAGAAGGGGAACGAAGUAACCUAUGUAAGUAACUCUCCUGGAAGAACCCCCCAAAAUGACGUCUGCAGAAUGUAUCCAUAUAAACCCCUUCUCAACAAAGUGAAUCUCGUGAACAUCCCGGAAAAUGACGCAUCAGUGAGGAGAAAUAUAAUAUCCCCAAAAUAUAAAAAUAAAUAUUUUCACCUUUUCGGAAAAUUCUUCCUCAAAAGCUACAAGGAAGAAGUUUUUUUUACCAUUCCAGAUGGUUGCUACGUUUUGAAGAUUUUUUGUUUCUCUAUUGAUGAGUCAACGGACGAAGGGGUGACAGCGGAGGAGGGGAAAAAAAAUCAAAUUGUAGACAUGAAGAGCAUCCCCCUUGGGAAUUUCUCAGACCCCCAAAUGAACUUUGUAAACUCCUUUUUGAACGUUAGAAAUGUGUUUAAUAUUAGGGUUGUUCUGGACCAUUCGGGGGAAGCCACUCAUGGUAGAGAUGGCAAGAAAGAUCCUCCACAGGAUAGCUCCCUUUCUGUGUCACCAAUGUUUUCCAACGAAGAUGAGCAGUUCUUGUUGAAUUUGUACAGAGUUGAGAAAAGUUUCAAACUGGUAAUCAAAACGAAUAGCUAUUUUUGUAAUUAUUUCCAGCUAGUGCUAAGUCUUUACCCCGUUGACUUUUACAAGCCUGUCCACAGCUAUGCGUAUGACGAGGCAGAAUCCAUGGAGAAAUUUAUGAAGAAUAUUUUUGACACCCUAUCUGCUAAGGCAAAAUUGUAUGAGGACAUAAAAUUUGAGCAGAAGAAAAUUCCGUCCCAUCAGUACAUGAAGAUCGAAACGGAUAUUGUCAAUUUGAGGAGUGCUCACAAGGAGGAGUCCUUUUCCUUUCCCGUGGUUGUGCAUAAGGGGAGUUACUUCAAAGCCAACAUGGGCUACGAUUUCUCGCUAGUCAACUUCCAAAUGAAGCUCUCGAAAAACAGUGCGAACAUUUCAAGCAGCAGCAUGAUGGAAGUCAGGCUGAAGGAAAACACCCUGAACACAUUUGAAAAUAUUAGCCUAUACUUGGAAGAGGGAAUCUACACACUGGAGAUUCGUUCCUAUGACAUCACUGCAGAUGUGAGCAACAUAAAUAAGGACUUCAGCUUCUCCUUCUAUUUCGAGCUCGAGAUUUUCGAGUUUUCCGACGACAAGAACAGGGACGCAAUUCUGCUCGAUGUUUUUCCGCACAAUUCAGUGCCCGUCGACAGGAGCUACCCUUUUGGCGUUGAUAUCAUUUUCUGGGGAAGAGUACACACGAAAGACAUACACCUGGAGGAUGACCAGAAGACACAAAUAAAGCCCACCAGCAUAGCAUCAAUCAAGUACGCGAACAUCGAGGUUCAAAAAUUUGUUUUAUCCCCAGAAGUAAUGAACAAAGUGGAGAAAAAUUUUAUUUUUAAAUUUGCCCCACAUUGUAAUAUCUAUGUUAAUCGGGAAAAGGAAGAAAUGUUACGAUUUACCCUCUCGACUGAUGAUAAGGGUGCUUCCAUCGAGGAAGGCCCCUAUGGGGGGAAGGGUGCAGCAAUCACAACGAGCGAACCGAAUGAGCGAAAUGGCCAGGUGCGCCCAGAGAGUGUAAAUAAUUCCUUCCUCUUGGAGUAUGCGCAGAAGGAAGUCCCGCACGACACUGAAAGAACAAGCUAUCUGCAAGGAAGUUCCCCGAAAGAAAGCGUGUACGACAUCGACCGUGUUAUCCAGAACUUCCGACUGAAUGAAAAGAAAAGAACAGACGAAGAGGACUCCCUUGUGAACUAUCCCCCAAAGGGAGAAACAAGUGCGUGUAUUCCGCUGACCAUACUGACAAUCGAAAUUUACUGCUUCGAGAAAAGUUACUUUCUCAUUUUUAUUUUUUUUUUGUACGUUUGGUUUAUGCUGUUCGCGUUCCUAUUUCUGCUUUUAAAAUUGUACAAGAACUGGAAGUACUACAGGAAUUACGACGUCAUUACGGAGAGUGAGGAGGUGGUCAACCUGUUCCACGACGAUCACAUAUAG